UGGGAGUUCCGUCGUUUAAGGCAGAAUAUAGUGUCACGCGCGAGUUUUGACACUAAAUUGUGCAACCUAUUUUCGAUGGUCCCUAGACGGGAUACCUCAUUGAACUCUCAGAUAUUUUCGUCCGUAAUGUUGCCUACGUAAAGUUAUGAAGUACGCUGGUUUCAACAUAAACUCAUGCGUCUGAACGUAAUGAAUGUUGUUUGCAACAAAUGUGGGAGCACGAGUCAGUACGGUUAGAGGUGAAAGAAUGUGAGCUAUAGGCAUUUUAUAAAGUAACCAGCAAAAAUGGAAACAAUAAAUGCUAAUGCAGCAAUCCUGAGCAAUUUUGAGGUACUCACUCUACUUCAAGAACUUCGAAGUCAACAGAAACGAAGCAAUACUGGGAGCCAACUUGCUACCAUUACUUAUGAGACAAUCCGGUACCUUCAAGACACUCAGUGCAGUCAACUGUCAGCAGAAAUCAUCCACAACUUUUUAAAAGCAGUGGAACCAUUCAAGUUAAUGAAAGCAGAGAAGGUUAUGUUACUUAACAAUCCUCCAACAACCCAACUGGAAAUUCAGCUUAUGGUGGAAGAAAGUGAAGAAAGAUUAACAGAUGAGCAAGUUGAACAGCUUCUGCAGAUUGUAGUUGACUGUAAACUUGUACAACCUCGUGCCAUUCUGUGACUCCAAAGUUACAAAUGAAUUUGAAUGUCCCAUCAAAAUAAGGGUUCUACAGACAGUAUAAUAUUCGAAAAGAUUCUUCUAAUACAAUUCAAUUCAAUAAAAAAGAAGCAUAAUACCUGUAUGUGUGGCAUGAAGUAUAGCUUAAAUGCGCUUUUGGCUUCAGUUUAUUUGGUAAAGACGUCUUUCAAACUGUACAUUGAUUAAUGUUGUUAAUUUGUCACUUCAAAAUAAAUUAUUGAGUUAUAAUA